AUGGCCCCUGCACCAACUGCACCACCAGCACCGGAAGUGCAACCCCGCUUCCAACAGCUCUUCACCGAGCUAGAAUCCCGCUUCAAAGCAACUAGCCUUGGCAAUGACAAGUGGUACAUUCUUGCGACGUCCACCCUAGCUGCAUGCCCUGAUCCCGAGCGUGCCGACCAGCUCUACCUGCACCUCAUCUCUCAGCCAGAGUAUGCUACGUCGCCAGCUCGACAGGCCUUAGUGCGCCGCCUGCGCGAAGCUCUCAUCAAGUCCGUCCCUAUUGUCGGUGUCUGCAAGCCCAUUGAGGCAAUCUUGUCCAUCAGCAAAAUUGAGCGCGACGAGGACAAGGAUUACACCUUCACUCGCGAGAACUGGCAAUGUGAUGAGGCGAACCAUCAAAGGGGCGCGGACUGGAUGCAGAAGCUAUAUUCUCGCAACACAGGCGGGACUUUGAAUUUGUUUGCCGCGCAUCAGGACUUUAAGUGGUUAUCUGAGGAGAUUACCUAUGGGUUGUACCUCUCGGAUCGCCAGAUUCUGGACGAUGUGGAUACACAGCUGGUUGUGUUGCCUGGGAUUAUGAGCCAGAACUUGCCCCUUGAGACACAUUGGCAUAUUCGGGGCACGAGACGGCUGGGUUUGCCCAAGGAGGAGGUUCAAGUCAUUUGGGACUGUGUUCAGCUUGUGGCUAAGUUCUUUGACGUCAAACUGCAUAAGGUGCCUACUGUCGAGUCAGUGGAGUAUGAUGUUUAG